AUGAGCUGUGGGCAGCGGCUUCUGCUGGAGAACGCCCAGCAAAUGGUGUUGGUCUGCUCCCAGGGCGAGCCCUACCUGGUAGGGCAGGCGAUGCGGAGCCUGGCCGUGCUGGAGAACGCCAGCCUAGUAGUGGGCAGAGAUGGUUACAUAAAGGCCAUAGGCCCUGCUGCUGCCAUCAGAAGAGAAUUUUCAGGAGUAUCAUUUGAGGAAAGGAUUGAUUGCUCUGGAAAAUGCGUUCUCCCAGGUUUGGUGGAUGCUCACACUCACCCAGUGUGGGCUGGGGACCGAGUCCAUGAGUUUGCAAUGAAGCUUGCAGGUGCUACCUAUAUGGAUAUACACCAGGCUGGAGGAGGGAUAAACUUCACUGUCGAGUGCACCCGAAAUGCUUCCGAAGAGGAGCUUUUCAGCACUUUCAAAUAUCGACUGCUUUGUAUGAUGAGGGCGGGGAGCACCUUGGUUGAAUGUAAGAGUGGCUAUGGCUUGAACCUGGAGACAGAGCUGAAGAUGCUGAGAGUCAUUGAAAGGGCUCGGAGGGAACUGGACAUCAGCAUCUCCUCGACCUACUGUGGAGCUCACUCAGUGCCCAAAGGGAAAACCCCAACUGAAGCUGCUGAUGACAUUGUCCACAACCACCUCCCUAAGCUGCAGGAACUUUGCCGACGGGGAGAAAUUCACGUUGACAAUAUAGAUGUGUUCUGUGAGAAGGGAGUCUUUGACCUCCAUUCUACCAGGAGGAUUCUUCAGAAAGGAAAAGAAAUAGGGCUACAAAUGAACUUCCAUGGGGAUGAGCUCCACCCAAUGAAGGCUGCUGAGCUUGGAGCUGAGCUAGGAGCCCAGGCAAUUAGCCACUUGGAAGAAGUUAGUGAUGCAGGUAUCACUGCUAUGGCAACUGGGAAAUGUUCAGCAGUCCUUCUUCCCACCACCGCCUACAUGCUAAGAUUGAAGCAACCUCAAGCAAGGAAGAUGUUAGAUGAAGGGGUAAUAGUUGCUCUUGGCAGUGAUUUCAAUCCUAAUGCAUAUUGUUUUUCCAUGCCAACUGUCAUGCACUUGGCCUGUGUGAACAUGAGAAUGUCGAUGCCUGAAGCUUUAGCUGCUGCCACCAUUAAUGCUGCUUAUGCUCUGGGACGGUCAAACACUCAUGGAUCCCUCGAGGUUGGCAAAUGUGGAGAUCUCAUUGUCAUCAACUCACCAAGAUGGGAGCAUUUGAUUUACCAGUUCGGAGGCUACCAAGAACUAAUCGAGUGUGUUGUAGCUAAAGGAAAAGUCCUCUACAAAAAGGAUAGCACCAGCCUAAAAGGGCAUGGAGAAGAAAGAUAAGAAGAGCAAGACUGAAGAUACAAAUGGAGUUCAGCUCUAGCCAAUGUUGAGAUUCGUAGUUUUUUCAAAGCAGAUGAAUUACAUUGAAACAAAUCCAGUUUGAUUUUUAGAUAAUUGAAUAAGUUUGUGAUCAUUGGCAUAGAGAACUGAAAUGAAUAUUGGCUUUAUUUUUC